GCGGUUGUACAUAACUAGCCUAGGCUAGCUAGCCAUCUUGACAAGAAUGAGGGAGGUAGCCGCUGUUCGGAAUUUCAGUUCCCUGAAGUGUGACCUAGAGACUAUUUACUCUUGGAAAUGGGUUACAUAUACCUUUGAAACGAGUGUUAGUAUUGAAUCGUUUUAAGUUCGUAAGUCAAGAGGGGAGAGGUGACUUGUUCCGAGAGAUGUCUUACAUACUUGUCCCAACGUAAAGAGUGUUGUUGUAGCCAGCUAGCUAGUUGAGUGGAGAGGUACGGGCCCGCUUCACAGUCUAAAGUAGCUGCCGCAGCUGGGCAACUCUAUCUGCGACAGCCGCCAUCUGACAACUACGGGGUCCGGACAUUACUUUACUGAACAGGCCGGUACGGACGGAUCAAACCUUUGGAUCAGUUAUCGAAUUACUACUUCUAUUGGCAAACGCUGGACGUGGAAGGGUUGGUCUUCAAUGUUAUGAACUCGUAAAAUGCAACAGGAGACGAGAGGAGGAAGGAACAAGGAUGACUCAUACUCCUCUUGAUAAUAGUUUUAAAAAACUUCCAUCGAUGCAAAUUCUCUGUUUCAGAUAGCCAGUUGUCAGCUGAUAUUAGCUAACUCACUUGCUUUUAACGCGAGACAUUUAGACGGGAGUUGUGAACGCAGGCUCUCAAAAUGUCUAAAAUGCCGGCUAAAAAGAAAAGCUGUUUUCAGAUCACAAGUGUGACACAGGCUCAGGUGGCGGCCAGCAGUGCCACGGACGACACGGAGAGCCUGGACGACCCAGACGAAUCACGGACUGAAGACGGGUCGUCGGAAAUAUUCGACGUGUCCCGGGCUGACUUCGAGCCGGAGGUAUGUGAUCGAAGUUCGUCUGAGGAAACCCUAAACCAUGUAGGGGAGCAAGAGGCACCUGGCGUUAUGGUCCCACCGCGUAGUGUACCUAAAGUUGGGCAGAUGCCUGCAAUGUCGGGGCCUCCAAAUGAAGGUUUUGCUAUUCGAAAGGCAGGAGUGGCAGGCUCGCCUCAUGUUAGCCAGCAAACACUGGGAAGUGGUUCGUCAAGCGGCCUCCCUAUUGCUCAGUCCGGGCUCAUGCCACAGCCUGCCCCAGUGGCCAGUUGGGGGGCUACAACAGUGUCAGUGAGCACAUCCCAGCCAGUAGUGACUAGUUUAACCCCUACUUCUGUUAUGUCAUCGACAGCAAGUUGCAGUUCACGUUUCAGGGUCAUCAAACUUGACCAUGGUACUGGAGAGCCCUUCAGAAAGGGCCGAUGGACUUGCACAGAGUUCUAUGAGAAAGACUCAGAGGGUAACACUGUGGUUAACAGGACUACGGAUAACAUUAGACAUGCCAAUGCGUUUGACCCCAGUGCUGACAGGGACAGCGGACUGGGGUUGACUGGUGGUACGGUGGUUGCACCAUCGACUCACUCUGGCCAGGGCCUAGACUCCAUAGUGGAUGCUGCUGCUCUUAAUGCCUUGCACGUUCACCCAAUGGACACACUGCAACAGCAGCAGCAGCCUCACCACCAAAACUACAACAUGGGGCAGCCUGGAACAGCCACACACAACACUUUCCCCACCAACAACCUCAUGGCUGUCCCAGGUCAGCAGCCAACGCUGAGUACUAUCCAACCUGCUGCCAACCAGAACCUCUUUCCUGUGGGGCUCAACGGUCUUCCUCAAAGUGGCAUUCACAUACAGAAAUCCCCAAGCAUGACCCCUGCAGCCCAGACCCAGAUGCUGGCUUACCCUCCCCAGCAGCAGGCCAUGCUACAGCAGCUUCCACUGGGACAGCACCUGCCCAACCAGCCCCCAGGCCUGCCCCAGAACCAGGCAGACUACUACCAACAGAACCAGCCUGGCAUGCAGGCAGUGGCCUCAGCCGGCCAGACCCUCUAUGUGGGACAGACUGUGGGUCAGGGCCCGUCACUGGUCAUGACUCCCGCCACCGGGGUUCCGAUGCUGGGGCAGGUAGGGGAGAUGGCAGCAGUGGGGGGAGGAGGUUCUUUACCUGUCAGUCAGCCAGCUUCAGGCCUGAUGGGUGGAGGUGUGGGAGGUGUUGGGUCAUCCAUGGUACUGGGCGGAAGCUCUACUCUGCAACAGCUUGUAGGUCAGUAUGCCCCCACGGGUAUUCGUCAACCCGUCGGCCUCCACCCUUCGCCCCCCGGCACCCAAAACGUGCCCACCAUUGUGCCCAGUGCCUCCAGCGCCACCACAUUAGCCCCCACCGCCAUGCCAAACCUGACUGCCUCCUUGUUGCCCGGGCAACAGGCCCGCGAUGGCAGGGGGGCGCAGGGCCUCCCGGCUGCUGGGUUCAGCCAUGUGGAGGAGGGCCAGCCUCCCGCCUUCUCUGAGAAAAACCUGAUGAAGAUCCCUGAGAGCCUGCAGCUGGCAAACAACCCCUCUGUGAACAGCCUGUUUGGAAUAGCCAUAGACGGGGACGAGGACAGGACCCCCUCCAUGGUGUUCUACCGGGCCUUCCAGUCUGGCAGCAGGCUGCAGGACUCUAAGGCCCACAGUGAUAGUGCCUCUGGAGCCAGUGUUGUUGCCAUUGAUAAUAAAAUCGAACAGGCGAUGGACUUAGUGAAAAGCCAUCUGAUGUAUGCAGUGCGUGAGGAGGUGGAGGUGCUGAAGGAGCAGAUCAAGGAGCUGUUUGAGAGGAACUCUAUGCUGGAACAGGAGAACGCCGUGCUGAAAUCCCUGGCCAACAGCGACCAGCUGUCUGAGCUCUCCAUCCGGCCGGCCGCCACAAACUCCUCCUGCAGCACGCCUCCCCAGCAAGGGGUGGGCCAAGGCCAGCCUCAGCUCCAGGCCCAGCCUCAAACGCAUCCUCCACUCCAGGCCCAGCAACUCCAGCCCCAACCCCAGCUUGACGCCAGCCAGCCUUUGCUGCAACCGCAGCCCAACGGCAACUCCGCUUGAAGUGCAUCCCCCCCAGCAGGAGAAAAGAAAGCAGAAAAGCACCCUCCAAUUAUUCUAAAUUAGCAUACAAAACAACAAAAUAAUUAUAUUGUCUUGUUCUCCACCAGCUUGGCCACCACAAGGGCAGUGCCUCUGUGCCUGUUUGGCUUUCCCAGUGUUAAUGCAAUCAUUGCGAGAGAGAUACGGGGGCUUUUCUUAUGGGGCGCCAUACUGGAGCCUGGACUGGUUGAGUGCUGUGGACCAGAUCUCCCCCCCCCGGCUACAAAGGAGUUGUGCAGCUCACAUGAGGAUGAAUCGGAGCGUCCCAGAGAUGUUUUGUUGUUGUAAGAGAUGUGUUUUUAGCCUUGCUGUUUCAUGUUGUAAGUAAGAAGUGGGGGAGAGAUCUAUUUUCGGAGCCGCGCCGCCAUUACUUCUUCGACAUGAGUCCAAUCCAUGCAUCGGUCUAAAGUUCUACGGUUAAUGUUUAUUUAUUACGGGGCUGCUAUUUCCAUGAAAGGAACAAUGUCACAAAAAAAAAUAUUUAAAAAAAAAAAAUAGCCUUUUUUUUGUUAUUGUCAUCAGUGUUUAAAAUAGUCUGUACACACAAUUGGCAGUGUAUUACAUUAACCAGUUGAAUAUGUAGGCAAUAAUAAAGAAACUCUGACAUACGUCUAACACUAAACAGGCAGUUUUACAAUGGAAUUGUUUAUCCGCACCAGUCAAGAUCCAGUUUGAAUGUACAUUUUGUAUAGUGUAAAGUAUUAAGAACAUAGCAAAGUUUGUACAGGUGAACACCAAGUCUACGGACAGGAAAUCUGAACGUGAAUCUGCGCUAGACUAUUAUUUUUUUUUUAAACAAACUUCCAAUCCAAUUGCUAGUUUCUUUGUCUCCAAAAUGGAACGUUUAUUGUCAUACUCGUGUCUUCUUGUACAUGUGUUUUUGGGGUGGGGGGAAAAAAGCUGUGAAAUCGUUCAUACCUACUUUGUAACCAAAGAUGCAAAGCUGUAAUUCGAUUUAUUAUUUUGUAAUGUGCACUUCUGUAUAUUUUUUUUCUUCUCACUUUCACAACAAAAUGUUUUUGUUGCUGUUUAGCAUGUUCUGCAUGAUCUGUAAUUUUCAAACCACUUUCUUACCUCAUAUUUUUAUUCAGCACUCUUAUUGUAAGAUAGUAGUCUGUGAACAAUGUCAAUGGGGGGGGGGAAAGACAUGGAGACAAAGAGCUAGGGUUUUGGUAGAGCGAUACAAACAAGUGUUAAGUACACUAGCUACAGAAAAUGAAGUGAGCCAUGCUUUGUUCAUUUAAAUGGUAUUUGAAUUUCAUAUGCCAAUAGUUUUGUUACAUUGCAAAUUUAAUGUAUUUAAAUAAAUGCAAUAUUCAGAUUCCA